GCGGGAUCUUACUAUACCUUGGGUGGGAAAACGAAUGGCCUUCUUUCAAUUUCUUUACGUGGACUCUCUGUCGCCUCUGCUCUUACGCCCGUGACUUCAAUUGGGUUUUACUAUUUCAUUCAUCAGUUAAUUUGCACACUCUGAUUGACUGUCAAAGUUGUGAAAAAUUUCCAGUGGAGCAUUUUUGAGCUCAUCAUCAAUGGCCGAACUUAAAGAACGCCUGCUUCCACCAAAACCUGCAUCUGCUGUAAACCUUAGAGAUCCUUCUUAUCGACCAUUUACUUCAGGACAUCAACCGUUCCAAGGCAUGGAUUUUUCAGGGUUGAAGAAACGAGGCCAGGGUGUUAGAUCAUGGAUUUGUGUUGAUACAUCUGGGAAUUCACAUGUCAUGGAAAUUGACAAGCUCACAAUGAUGCGUCGUUGUGAUUUACCUGCUCGUGAUAUGCGCUUACUCGAUCCUUUGUUUGUUUACCCCUCUACAAUUCUUGGCAGAGAGAAGGCUAUUGUUGUAAAUUUAGAGCAGAUACGUUGUAUUAUCACUGCAGAUGAGGUUCUGCUCCUGAAUUCUCUCGAUAGCUACGUGUUGCAAUAUGUGGUGGAGCUACAACGGCGUUUGACAACAGCUGGAGUGAAUGAAGUCUGGCAGUCUGAAGGUAAUGAUCCCAACUGGAGGCGAAAUAGGAAUUUUGACAAUGUGUAUGGGAGCACAUCGCCUGAUUACUUGCCCUUUGAGUUUAGAGCCCUUGAAGUUGCUUUGGAUGCUGCUUGUACGUUUCUUGAUUCUCAGGCUGCAGAAUUGGAAAUUGAAGCAUAUCCAUUGCUAGAUGAACUAACAUCAAAGAUUAGUACACUAAACUUGGAACGUGUGCGUCGAUUGAAAAGCAGACUUGUAGCACUGACUCGCAGAGUACAAAAGGUUAGAGAUGAGAUAGAGCAGCUAAUGGAUGAUGAUGGGGAUAUGGCAGAAAUGUAUCUUACUGAGAAGAAAAGGCGAAUGGAGGCAUCAGUGUAUGGUGACCAAUCCCUGAUGGGAUACAGAUCAACUGAUGGCAUGCUAUCUAUUUCUGCUCCUGUAUCUCCAGUUUCGUCUCCCCCUGAUUCUCGUAAGCUUGAGAAAAGCUUGAGCAUUGCAAGGAGCAGGCAUGAAAGCAUGAGGAGUAUCGAAAGUAAUACUGAUAGUGUUGAGGAGCUCGAGAUGUUGCUGGAGGCAUACUUUGUAGUUAUUGAUAGCACCCUAAACAAGUUGACAUCGUUGAAGGAAUAUAUUGAUGACACCGAGGUUUUCAUCAACAUUCAGUUGGAUAAUGUCCGAAACCAGCUGAUCCAAUUUGAGCUGUUGCUGACAACGGCAACGUUUGUUGUUGCCAUAUUUGGGGUUGUAGCAGGGAUCUUUGGCAUGAACUUUCCAAUAUCAUUAUUUGAUGAUGCUAAUGCAUUUAAAUGGGUUCUGAUAAUUACUGGAGUUUUUGGAAUCAUCAUAUUUUUUGCAUUUGUAUGGUACUUCAAAUACAGAAGACUUAUGCCGCUGUAGACAAUAGUAGGAAAUUGUUGUUAGAAAUUCUAGAGGAAUUUAUUUUAGGUCUUAUUUAAUCCCCCUUAUUGGAUUAUUAGAUUAAAUUACAAAUCAUUACAUGUUUAGGAUAUCUUUUGUGAAUAUUUUAUGUGAAUAAUUGUUUAUUAUAAUCGUAUUUUUAAAUUUUUUAAA